AUGAGUACAUUGAAACUGGUGCUCCAGAACCCACGGUGCCUCAAGCCCACCGACCGUCUCGAUGUUUCCCUGCGCAUCCAUGAUGAUAGCGUUGGAGUUGCGCUAAUAAGAGUGCGUAUAGAUCUCAAAGUCGGCGAAUGCGAGGUCAUAGCGCAGCGAACCAAACACAGGACUCAUUGUCUGUCCAACACUCUGUUGGAACCGCCCCUGUAUUCCAGUUCCAUCGCCGACCCGACGUGGUUGUCCGGAUGGGCUGUACUCCACGAUGCUGAUGUGACGGUGUUCGUCUUGCUCAAAGCCAAUCCACUUACGCAGUGGGAUGGUGUCCUUUGA